AUGCCUGUGUUUCGAAACGUCCGCCCAAAUCGUCAUUCCAGUCGCCUUGGACGCCAGAUCCCCGUUGCAUACGACCGGGACGGCUGGCAGGUCCCCAUCGAGGGACACGCGACACUUCAGGACCUUUGCCUUGGCCCUUCACAAUAUUGGGCCCCACCCUUGUCCCAAUCACAUCAGGGCGAUUCCACCGAUCAAGAUCCAGCCUUGUCUAAAUCACCCUCUAGCGACGAGGUCGAUCCUGCUUCAAAUGGCCCGCUUGAAAUUGCACAUAUUUCAACGACUUCCACAGCCGUCCUCGCCACUUCUCCCUCAUCAUCGACCCUCAACGACACCCCGCCAGUUCCAUCCUCCAUGGGUCCCACUCGCACUCGUAGUAACUCGCACUCUCGUCGCACCAAGCCUGGUCACAUCCCCCGACCCAAAAACGCCUUCAUCCUCUAUCGCUCCUGGUUCUACAAGAACCGCCCACCCCCACAGACUCAGGAUGGGAAGAAGCUCAAUCAAAAUGAGCUGAGCAAGCAGGUUGCAGUGUCGUGGAACGCGAUGUCGGAAGAGGAUCAGGAGCCAUUCAAGAAGAUGUACCUCGAAGAGCUGGCCCGCCACAAGGAGAUGUACCCAGACUACACCUACGAGCCCAGCAACAAGUCAUCGAGGAAGUCCGCAAAGAAGAAAAAGCGGGCCACCCAGCCGAAACGCAAGAGGUCGAGGAGCGUUGACAGUGACUCUGACGACGAGAGCGUCUCCUCGUCAGGAUCCAACCACAGCACUCCUCCACCCACUGCUCGCAAUUGCGGCCACCACGUUGCUCUCAACAACUCCCCGCCCAAACGUCCAUCGCCAUCCCAACUUCUUCACCCUCACCCUCACCAUCGCCAACUCCUACCCCUCCCACCCCUACUCCCUCCCUGUCUUCCGGUAGCGAGUCGGACAUGUCCGAUGAGGAGGAUGGUUUCCAUUCUUGAUACCCAGACCAAAGCCAGUGAACUCUACUUGGAUGAACCACGUUCGCCCUGUCUGUCACCACUUCUCUUUGACAAUUUGCCCUUCCUCGGAGAGCCUUACUACCGUAGCGAUGGUCCUAUUCCCGUCGACGGGGGUAUGGACUUCGCCUUCCCGGACGCGUCGAAAACUCUGUUCGAUAUCAACCAAUACCCCACAUUACCAGAUACGCCUUCGACAUUCUAUUUCCCAGAGCCUUCUUCGAAGCCCCUUGACAUCGCAUCUUCCACUCCCUGGCUUCCCCUCGGUGCUCCCUUGGAACGCGAUGAGGAAAUAGAGAGACUUUGGGAACAGUGCAUCGACCCAGCCGCUCUAGCAUGA